UGAGGCUUUAUGCCACAGCAGCAAGCGCAAAGGCAUAGAGUAAGAUCACAGACCCUGUGGUUAACCACCCUGAAACUUUUUGCGCCGAGUGUACAGAGGCGAGCACAACAUGUAGCAAGAAAAUAGCACACACACUACGUACAAGGAGGAAUUUAUUCUUCGACCUAAGAUUGUUGCGGAGUAAGUGCGAUCAUCUUCAGGUGAGCGCAUGUUGUAUCGUCAUUUCUAAUGCCAGGAGUCGUGCCUGUGGCAAAAAUGAGAAUGCGGGCUCUCGUUCUUGCGUUUGUGUCCGUGGCGCUUCGCUUGCGCUGUUGCCUUGGAUUUUCGUUGGACGAAAACGACAUGCAGUUGCGCGAGGGUGAAGAUGUGAACGCGGCCGUGGAGCGCGUGAUGCAAAAAAUGAUGGUGGACCACCAGAAAACGAAACACAAAAAGCUUCACGAAAGGCGCCAAAAGAUGCAGGAGGAGGAUCGGUUUAAGCCGAUCGCGAGGGCCGCGCCGCCAAAAGACGUGGUGGAAACGACACAUCAAGGCGAACAAGACGAUGACGAGCUGGACGACGACGUGCAGCUGGACGAAGCGGGCACGAAAAAUGCUGAUGCCGCCGCGAGGGAGGACGAAGAUGCCUCAUUGUAUACCCGGGCGACAGCGUACGAGGAGAGUGGUGAGUACUUUCGCAACUACGAGCUCGCGGAGACGCACAAGAUUAUGGUAACGGAUAAGUACCGGACGGACCAGUACCUGAAAGCGCUGCAGCGCGCCGGCGUGAAAGGCAAAAUUGUGGUGGAUUUCGGCUGCGGCAGCGGGGUGCUGAGUAUCCUGGCAGCCCGACUCGGAGCGGACCACACCUACUGCGUCGAGCGCUCCAGGGUUCGCGUGCAAGCAAAGCAGGUGAUCGCGAAAAACGGGUACUUCCCAUGGUUACUACACGCAGGCUUAUUUUGUACGAGCGACUAGCUUGCUUGUCGUGACAGUCCUGACGUUUUUCUACUCGCGAAAACUUCUACUGUGCCAAGCGCAGUAGAGGUAUUCAGUGUGUGAAUGCAUGUCUGUUCUGUAUUAGUUCCUAUCAUGAUCACGAUCUAUUGCCCAGAUUCGCGGACCGCAUCACGGUGGUGGCCAGCGUAAACGAGAUCGAGCCGAAGUCUGCGGACGUGCUGGUGUCGGAGUGGAUGGGGCAUGGUCUACUGACGGAUGUGGUGAUCGGGGAUUUUUUCGAUGCCCGCGACCGGGUGCUCAAGGAGGACACCGGGGUUCUGAUCCCGUCCAAGGGCCGCAUCUACGCGCAGCCGGUGAGCGAUCCGGCCUGGUGGCGCGAUAACGUGGCGUGGGGCACCGACAACGACUACGGGAUCGACUUUUCACCGCUCUCCCUCUACACGCGGUCGAACACCACCACCACGCCCAUCCGGUUUGCCCAUUUCGGCGUCUUCCAAAACCAGAAGUUCUACGGCGGGAAAAAGGCAGCGGUACAACUAGAGUGUUACAGAAUGUUACCCCAUCUGGUGCGCAGAAUUCGAAUUUUUGAUAUGUGUAUUGUGACUUGUUUUGUAGUUCACCUUCAUUGGUGCAAAAAUCGGGAGCAUGUCGUGGUUCAGCCGAUGAACUUGUGCCAAGUUGUCCAAGCCUUUUCUGGGCUGCUUCCGCGCGUUGGAUCCAAGCGAUUCCGCGCAGCAUUUUUCUAUUGUGGUAUGUACCAUAAGUAGUACACGUCUCGUGGGAAAGAUGCAGCAAAUGCAUCCGAGUUGUACUUCGACGCCACCCUUCUGUGCGCUGUUUGCAAUGCUGGGUCUCAAACGGAAACAGAUCUGCACGAUCGACUUUGAAGCAGACAGCUACGACGCAGAUUGGGAAUGUGGUCGGCGUAUCAAAUGCAAAAAUGUCUGGGUCUGGAAGAAUGCAAGAUUUGUCAUGCGCAUUUCUCAUGACCCACGAUGCCUGUAAUGCAUGACCUAGCAUCGCAGACUUUUAGAGGGCUUUCCGAUGCACCUUCCGCAUGAGAAAUGCCCUGCCCGUGUAGCACAAACUGUGCCCCUCUUGCUGGUCAUGCAAUACAAAUUUUUUUAGAGUCCAAAAACAGUUGGCCACUGGAUUGUCCUUCAUAGGCCGCCGAGAGAUUCACUCGCCUCGCUCGAUUUUUUUUGCUUCAUCCUUCUCUUUUUGCUUUCCUUUUCCAAAAAACUAUGCAUGUAGGGAUCGCACUUGACAAGAUGGGCAUCCGUCGCGGCGGGAUCUCCCCGGGUUUGGUUUAGGUUUCAGGGUUUAGGGUUCCCCAUUAGGGGGCCCCAUUUUAGAGUCCAAAAACAGCAUGACAAGUUGCAAUCUUUCAGACCCAGACAUUUUUACAUUUGAUACGGCGCACCCGGCGGGAGCACAAGUUCCCGGAGCCGGUACCGGACGAUUGGCACGGUUUUUUGAUCACGUGGGAUGUCACGCUCUACUCGGACGUGACAUUGGACACCUCCAACCCGACGCAUUACACGCACUGGGGGCACUUGUUCUGGCCGCGACCACUGGACACGGACAUUGGCAAUGGGAAACUUGAGGACAAGCUUGAGCUGUCGGCAUCGUUCAAAUAUGAAAACGGAACAGAACUCAUGGUUUUGAUACAACGCUUUUUUUCAUUUCCGCGAUCUACUUUAUUCCACAGAAAGGACGCCUGUGCUCACCCGCCCCGGGUACUUACACGUACACCUGACACGACAACAAAUUCUUUGCAUAAAAGAGAGAAGUAGAUUUUAAAAAAAAUUCCACUGAUGCUAGAUGCAAUCAAAAUCAUCGGGACCUAUCUUGUCACCUCUAUGACCAGCGGGCGAACCUCUAUCACCACGACCUGCAAUUCCGGUACUACUACCAGAACCACGGGGAGGAGGUGGUGCUGCGGGAGCCAGAAUUUUCCGCGGACACGGUAGCGACCGAGGACGCUUUCCAGAACAAACGGCUCUACACGGCCAUGCUAGCUGCGAAGGCAAAAAAGCGAACAGAAGCCAAGCAAGACGCCAUAGAAGGGAAAAAGAACAGAGUUGACCUGUAGACGACCGUUCAUGCGAUCAUGUCGCAAUACAUGAGCAUCCUUUACUGAAGAUGCCGAUGUCGGCCUUCGCAGUACGUCGCACAGCGAGAAUUUAGUUGAAGGGUCCUGCUAAUAAUCCAAGUGUUAAACUGGGAGCCGCU